UCAGGACAGCUGGAAUUUACAGUUUGACAAUCAGUUUAACAAGUUCCAGCAUUUUCAGAAGUUGUCUUCCUGUCGAACUGAUCGCAUCAAAUAGAAUCGAGCGAGUAAAAAAAUAAGGAAAAUAUGGCUUUUCAUAAGAACAACGAACCGAAAACGGAUUACAAGUAUGAUGACUCAAUCGACAUGACGGACAUCCAUCCGCUGUCGGCCACCAAUUGCACCGAUUUUGUGGUCGCCCAUUCAAACACUAUCUUGCGCCCGGUGCGCCAGCUGUCCGAGGUGUCGUUUCUGCCGCACACCCUGCAGGUGAUGAGAAAACUGAGACUGGAUCGGAUGCUGCGCGUUCAGAGCCACACAUGGCGCCAUCUGAUCAUUGAUCGUGGCCACGGUGCCAUGGUUGUGGCCGGUCCCCGCAGUGGUCGCACCUUCAGCUAUAUUCCGCCCGUCUGCGAUAUAGCAUUCCGUGUGAUUAAGGAGGCCCACAAAGCGGAUGUGGGUGGACCACUGAUAGUGAUUCUGGUACCAGAUUUGGACCGCGUGCGUCAUGUCACCGGCCACUGCCACGAAUUUCUACGAAUACUUAACCAGGACCGGAUCUAUACGCCCGUCUUGAACGUUCCAACGACCAAACCGCCGGGGUUCUAUCAUCGCCUUAUCCAUGGCGUUGGCUGCCUGGUGGCCACGCCCUCCCAGCUGGUCUUCGUUCUGGAGAAUAUAGAUGAUAUUAUGCAGUUCGAAAACAUAAAGGUCAUUGUCUACGACGACAUCGAUCUAAUGGACCCGGAAAUGUUAGCGAGGGCGGAUAAGGUGCUAAAGAAGAUAUCGUCCAGAAUUCUUUGCCAUCCGCAGCUGAUGAUAGUCUCGCAGUCGUACGAUCCCGCCCUGAUGGCCAAGCUGAAGCUGUUGAACAGCAAUCCGGCACUUAUAUUCGGCGACAUUCUGGAGGCAGCUCUAUACGGGGAAACGCACCUACGGAUCGUUCUCGUUCCCGCCCAGGACAAGAUCAACGAGGUGCGAAAGAUGCUUCAGGUGCGUUCGCCCAAGUACCACCGCACGGUGAUCUUCUGCAGUGACGAUGGGGAAAUGCGGCUUCUGGUAAAGGCUCUCGAGGAGAAGCACUCCUACAGAUGUCUGCCAUACUACCAGGACGCAAACCUCGGGGUGCGCGAGCAGUUUCAUCAGUGGCAGUCUCACACACAUGGCAUCAUCUUGUUGAUCACCGACAAUUGCCCGGAGCUAAAGAUCCGUAGUGCCCACACACUGAUCCACUACAGCAUGAGCAACAGCUGGAGUAAAUUCAAGAUGCGUCACCUGGCCAUAUCCGAUAAUCUGAACAACAAACUGCAUAGCGACUUCUCCCGUCGUCGGAAUCCCAUACAGCUGAAUUCCUUGGUCUUGCUGGAUGAGACCAACCAGAAGCAGCUGCCACGCCUCGUGGACUUUGCACAGAGGUUUCAGCACGUGGAUGACGACAUCGUAGCCGUGGCCAAGCAAAUCCGCCUGCAGUUGGCCAGGCUCACCGCCGACCAGAGCAUUGUGUGUCGCCAGAUAAUGAUGCUAGGCGAUUGCAUCAAUAGCUCGUGUGAGGAGCGUCACUAUGCUGACUAUAUGGAUCAACCAAUUCCCUCAGUGCCGACCUCGGGCGAUGUGAAGAUUCUCCUGGUGCGUCUAUAUACGCCGACACACUUUUGCGUGCAUAUUUUGGAGCACCUGCCGCCUGGUAAAUCCUGGAUAGCAUUCCCCUCGCUGCCGGUGGAAGAUAUGCGCCGUCAGCUAAUGCAGGGCAACAUCAAUGAACGCUACUGGCCCCCGGUUGUUGGUACCAUCUGCCUGUGUCUCAUUGAUGGCAAAAAAGCUCGUGUUCGGGUGCUCAGGGUGACACACAUUAAGAGUGUAAACAAUGCGGAUCACAAUCUUAAGGUAUUGGUCCAGGCCAUGGAUGAGGAUACGCGAAUCUAUAGCGUUAAAUGCGGACAUUUGUACAAAUGCCCGGAGGAGUUGCAGGCGAAACCCCCGAUGGCAAUUGAUUUGCGAUUAUUUGGCAUAGUUCCCUAUUCCGGAGAACGUGACUGGGCGUCGGAGGAUCGUCAAGGCAUUGAGAACACGCUGAUGGGCCUGCCCGGUGAAUGCUUUCUGCAGGCCACCGUGCAGUUUGCCACCGCACACACCAUCUUUGUCCGCAAUAUGGUGGCCGUAUCAUUUGCCAAAAACGUUAAGAUCCAUAUACGCCACUUCAGCCUGCGCAAGUACCUGAUCGAGAACAAUUUGGGCAAGAGUUGUCAGCAGGCAAGGGACAAGAUACUGGCCUUCUUCGAGGAUGUGCUAAAAACUAUAGUAGAGAUGCAAGAAGCAGAUCAGCUGAAGAACGACCAGGAGGAGAUGGAAGUCGAGGAGCAGGAGAUGGAAGUCGAGGAGCAGGAGGUGGAAGUCGAGGAACAGGAGGUGGAAGUCGAGGAGCAGAAGGUGGAAGUCGAGGAGCAGAAGGUGAAACUCAAGGAGCAGGAGGUGAAAGUCAAGGAGCAGACGGUGAAAGUCGAGGAGCAGAAGGUGAAAGUCGAGGAGCAGAAAGUGAAAGUCAAGGAGCAGAAGGUGAAAGUCAAGGAGCAGAAGGUGAAAGUCAAGGAGCAGAAAAUGAAAGUCAAGGAGCAGAAGGUGAAAGUCGAGGAUCAGAAGGUGAAAGUCAAGGAGCAGAAGGUGAAAUUCGAGGAGCAGAAGGUGAAAGUCAAGGAGCAGAAGGUGAAAGACGAGGAGCAGAAGGUGAAAGUCAAAGAGCAGGUGAAAGCCGAGGAGCAGAAGGUGAAAGUCAAGGAGCAGGUGAAAGGCAAGGAGCAGGUGAAAGUCGAGGAGCAGAAGGUGAAAGUCAAGGAGCAGGUGAAAGUCGAGGAGCAAAAGGUGAAAGUCAAGGAGCAGGUGAAAGUCGAGGAGCAAAAGGUGAAAGUCAAGGAGCAAAAGGUAAAAGUCGAGGAUCAGAAGGUGAAAGUCAAGGAGCAGGUGAAAGUCGAAGAGCAGAAGGUGAAAGUCAAGGAGCAGGUGAAAGUCGAGGAGCAAAAGGUGAAAGUCGAGGAUCAGAAGGUGAAAGUCAAGGAGCAGGUGAAAGUCGAGGAGCAGAAGGUGAAAGUCAAGGAGCAGGUGAAAGUCGAGGAGCAAAAGGUGAAAGUCGAGGAGCAGGUGAAAGUCGAGGAGCAGAGGGUGAAAGUUAAAGAGCAGGUGAAAGUCGAGGAGCAAAAGGUGAAAGUCGAGGAGCAGAAGGUGAAAGUCAAGGAGCAGGUGAAAGUCGAGGAGCAAAAGGUGAAAGUCGAGGAGCAGGUGAAAGUCGAGGAACAGAAGGUGAAAGACGAGGAGCAAAAGGUGAAAGUCGAGGAGCAAAAGGAGAACACCAAGGAGAAUAAUUCCCCCAAUGCACCAGUUUUCAGAAUGAAAUUCAAAGACGUGCUCCCAAUGGGUUUAAAACAUGUCAGACAGCGUAAGGAGCAGGAGCAAAAGAGGGAGCAAGACAAGGAUCAGCAACUGAAGCAGGAGGAGGCCAAAAAGGCAGAUAAGCAAUCACAGAAUAAUGAAGGCCUCAAACAGCUGGUCCAAUGCGUCAAUAACAUUGCCGCUCUGCAAAUAGAGGACGCCAAGACAAUGCCGGAUCAGGAUAACAGCCAGAUGCUCUUAGCUGCAAGCAAGCUACUUGACCAUAUGGAAAAUGGAGCUCCUGAUGUCAAUGGCAAGCCAAAGAAGUCCCCUAAGAAGCAGUAUACGAAAUCUUCCGAUUUCAAAGUUAAUCCGCCACGUGACCCGAGGGUGCAACACAAACUCCCUCCGAAUGUGAAGCGACCACGGACUACAUACUAUCAGACCCUAGCCACAUUGGAGCUGCAGGUGGAGCUGCCCGAUGAUAAAUACAGGUAUACAGCUGUUCUGGUUGAUAAUAAUGUCUUAUUCCAGGCCAUUCAUCCCUCAUUGGAUCAAUGCUAUCAAUUCCAAUUGCCCAUGGGUGUACCAUAUAUGGCACUGAAACACUAUUUGCGCGGACGUACUAUCUACAUGAGUGUUAAGAAAAGAAUGGCCAUGCCAGAUCCAUUGAACUAUCAUCACUAUCGUCACUUUCUAAAACCCAAUCAUGAGCAGUUUGGCCACAUGGAUUGUCAUCAAGAGGAGCAAGUGGAGAAGUUUUAUAAAUAUGGCCAGAAUAUGAAAAUCAAGGAGAUUAAAUACAAGGAAAAAGAGGACGAAGAGAGUGCUGAAGAAGACUGUAACAUGGAUGGAAUCGAGCGUGGAGAUGAUAAUGAUCGAUACGAAGACUAAGGAAGCUGUAAGCUUUGCUCAAAGACGGAGAUUAAGAGAACGAAGAGAGUGCUGAAGAAGACUGUAACAUGGAUGGAAUCGAGCGUGUAGAUAAUAAUGAUCGAUACGAAGACUAAGGAAGCUGUAAGCUUUGCUCAAAGACGGAGAUUAAGAGAACGAAGAGAGUGCUGAAGAAGACUGUAACAUGGAUGGAAUCGAGCGUGGAGAUGAUAAUGAUCGAUACGAAGACUAAGGAAGCUGUAAGCUUUGCUCAAAGACGAAGAUUAAGAGAACGAAGAGAGUGAUGAAGAAGACCGUAACAUGGAUGGAAUCGAGCGUGGAGAUAAUUAUGAUCAAUACGAAGACUAAGGAAGCUGUAAGCUUUGCUCAAAGACAAGAAUUAAGAGAACGAAGAGAGUGCUGAAGAAGACCGUAACAUGGAUGGAAUCAAGAAUGGAUAUAAUUAUGAUCAAUACAAAGACUAAGAAAGCUGUAAGCUUU